AUGGAUCAGAAAGAGAGAGAGGUGAUCAUGAAGGAAUUCCGUUCCGGUUCCAGUCGAGUGCUCAUCACUACUGAUUUGUUGGUAAAUGAAUGUUUGUUUUUCUUCAUCGAUGCAGUGCUCUGUAAGAGGAAUGUUGCUUUCAUCUGCUGUGGGUCUUUAUCAGAAUCAUUAACUUGCUGAUUGUCUUCAUAAAAUACUAUACAAUAGUUGAAGCAUGUCAUAUUGAAUAAUUUACACAGAUGAUCAGCAAGUUUGUGGUUCUGAUAAAGCAGCAAUACAUAUAGAAUGGAUAGUGAACUUACCACAUUGGUUCACUGGUAUGCCAUAAAAUUAUUAAUGUGUGAAGGUAAAUCCUGAGAGGUCUUUAAGCUACAUGUAUGUUUUUGGGUGGGGGAAUUGUGAGUCACUGAAACCGUUUCCUGUUGUCGUGUGCUCUAGAUUGCAAGGAUGGACAUGGAUUGAAACUUAAAAGCAUUUGGCCAAUUUUCCCAAUUUUUAAUGCUUUUCUUCAUGCAAAAAUCACCCAAAAUUAUUUUGGUUGGAGCUCCAUGGUGAGACUUUUUUAUAUUUUCUUCAUAACUCUAAGUAAUGACCUUAGCACAAAAUUAACCUAAAACAGCUAUAUGUUCAUGACAUGGCCCCUUUGAAAGACUAAAUCUAAUGUAAUGUGGAUUCUAUUUUUACAGGCACGUGGUAUUGAUGUACAACAAGUUUCUUUGGUAAUAAACUAUGAUUUGCCUGGGAAUCGUGAAAACUACAUUCAC